UGGAGGCCGGGCCAAGAGCAUCGGUGUAGAGCUUUCAAGCGUGGCUGAUCUUGCCGCCCAGGAAGAUUGUAUAGUAGGUUGCCUGUAAAGCCGCUGUAAAGAUGUCUGACGAAGAACAGCAAGAACAGACCAUCGCCGAAGACUUGGUUGUCACCAAGUAUAAAAUGGGAGGUGACAUUGCCAACCAGGCCCUCAAGGUGGUGAUUGAGGUGGCGAAACCUGGGGUGUCGGUGCUCAGUUUGUGUGAGAAGGGCGACGCUCACAUUAUGGCCGAGACUGGCAAGAUCUUCAAGAGGGAGAAGGACAUGAAGAAAGGCAUUGCGUUCCCCACCUGCGUGUCAGUCAAUAACUGUGUAUGCCACUUCUCUCCCCUGAAGAGUGACCCUGACUACACGCUAAAAGACGGAGACCUGGUCAAAAUUGACCUCGGAGUCCAUGUCGAUGGAUUCAUCUCCAAUGUGGCUCACAGCUUUGUCAUCGGAGCCAGUAGGGACAACCCUGUUACUGGCAGGAAAGCCGAUGUGAUCAAAGCUGCCCACUUGUGCGCGGAGGCAGCCCUGCGGCUCGUCAAACCUGGCAACCAGAACUCUCAGGUGACCGAGGCCUGGAACAAGAUCGCUCAGUCAUUCAAAUGCACUCCUAUUGAGGGCAUGCUUUCUCAUCAGCUGAAGCAGCAUGUCAUUGAUGGAGAAAAGACCAUUAUUCAGAACCCAACAGACCAGCAAAGGAAGGACCAUGAGAAGGCAGAGUUUGAGGUGCAUGAGGUGUAUGCCGUGGAUGUCUUGAUCAGCUCAGGAGAAGGAAAGGCAAGAGAUGGUGGACAAAGGACCACCAUCUACAAAAGGGACCCUAGCAAGCAGUAUGGCCUGAAGAUGAAGACCUCCAGAAUGUUUUUCAGCGAAGUGGAGCGACGCUUUGAUGCAAUGCCCUUCACUCUUAGGGCGUUUGAGGAUGAGGGAAAAGCCCGUUUGGGAGUGGUGGAGUGUGCCAAACACGAGCUCCUUCAGCCUUUCAACGUACUCAACGAGAAGGACGGUGAGUUUGUGGCCCAGUUCAAGUUCACAGUGCUGCUCAUGGCCAAUGGGCCCUUGAGAAUCACCAGUGGACCCCUCGAGCCAGAACUCUACAAAUCAGAACAUGAGGUCCAGGAUGCUGAGCUCAAGUCUCUGAUACAGAGUUCGGCCAGUCGUAAAGCACAAAAGAAAAAGAAGAAGAAGGCUUCCAAGACGGCGGAGAAUGCCACUGGUCAGCCAGCCGAGAACGAGGUUGCAGAAUAGAUCAACAACCAACAAACAAAAAAAAAACACUGACACCCAUGCACACGUAUGGUUUCAGACAUGCACACACCCAAAAGUACAGAAACUACAGAGAGAAAAAAAUACCCCCAUCCCCAGUUGCUUAUCCCAUUAGGAGCCAGUGUACCUUUCUAGUGACUAGCCCCUCACAAAAUAUGUGUGUGAGAUUGACAGCUGGCCUAUUGUGAUGCCCCAGAAAUGCCUUGAGUUGUCAAGAAGACAAUCUUUUGUCAUAUUUAGUCACAUUAGACAUGCAAGGCAACCUCUUAGAUUUCAACAAUUCCAUAUCCUGUAUGGUACAUUCUUUGCAAAAACCCAUUUUGAACGGAAACUGGAACUAUGCCUUUUUUCACAUGCAAUUAAUUAAAAAAAAAAAGGAAAGAAAUGUCAAAAUAAGGUGUCCAUGCGCAAUUCUUUGUUAGAGUUGCGCUUUCCAGCAUACUAAAAAGAAUAUGAGAUAUAUCGUCAUACAAAAUUUAAGCAAAAGUUUGUCCCCCAUAAACACCAAGUGUGAUGGGCUAUUUAUAGUUGUACCUUUAUCACUUGAAGUUGCAAUAAUUAACCCUUAACAUACAAGAACCAGUCUAACUUCGAGAGAGUAAAUGAAGUGUUUGUAAAACCAACAUUUCCACUUUGGUGUUUCUUUGAAUGGAAAGUAGAGUAUGAAUCUAUCCUUCUAUCUUUUCCUCUAGCACUUCUUAAGAACGUACACCUUUCCAUUGGGGCAUUAGAAUAGGAAUUCCAGAGAAGGAACUCUGAAUUCCUGCACACUUGUCUUGUCAGGUAGUUAGUUAGAUUGGAGGACCACAAGAUGGGGAACUUUUGGGGUUAUCCCAGUACUGCCAUCCCUUUCUCCUCCAGGAGCUUGCUUGACCUCUUUCACACGGUCAUUUUGAUGAAAGCUUACCCAUUAUAGCACUCCAAAAUUGAACAGAUGGUAAAUCCCUAUUCUUUUAUUUUUUGGUUGUUUAUGAUCCCCUACUACCCAUUUAUUCCAAGUGAAAUACCCCCAGAAAUGUUUUCUAUAUAAUUGGAUUACAUUUCCCUACACGUACUGUACAUACACAGCAUUGGUGUUGCAUCAUCUGAACCUCUUUGAAGCGUACAUCAACCUGAUUGAGGAAGGGGAAUGAAUUUCAAGGUUUUAUGUUUUACAGUCGUUUCAUUCCUAGUGAAAUGGAUUGGUGUCCAGAGCUUUUGAUAUACAGGUGGCUUGAGUACAAGGUGUGAUGAGAUUGGUGACAUCUUGUUUUUGUAGGAAGCCCAAACCCAUGGGACUGUUUUACAACUAAUGAAAAUAAAGUAACCUUUGAUUAUGUUUUUA